AUGCACGGUAGAGGUUCUUCCAAGUCGCUCACCCUCGCCGCCCUCGACAAGCCUCCCAUCCUGCGUCGCGACCGGGAUGGCAGAUUCAUGACCACCUUGGAGAUCGAGCGCGACGACGCUCGCAUCCUUGCUGCCGAGAGAACCCGGCCUCCUUCUCGACCUCCGGUCAACAGGCCCAAUGUGUUCACUGCUCCCGGCCUGCUCAUAGAUUUUUCAGUCGAGGAGACUGAUGAGGAGAUUCUCGCCCGCGCGCCCUCGACCCCUCCCCCCAUCCCCGCCCGCAGCCCCCUCCGCCCUCCCUACGUGCCCCCUGCUGCCACUGUGCAGCCAGUCAGCAGCGCUGGCUCUUCUCUCUUCGGUCCCGCUGGCCCCGACGCCAACUCUGGCUUUGUGCAGGGUAACCCCUGGUCUCUUUCUGGCCGCCUGCCCCCUGUGGUCGCCCUGGUCUCUCCCUCGCUGCCCCCCUCUGCUCCCUCCGAGUGCUUUGUCGGUGUGGAGGACGAGGAUGAGGAGGAGAAGAAAAAGAAGAAGGAGGAGGAGCACGACGGACCCCGUGGUGUGGAGUAUACCCCUGACACCACGGGGUUGCAGUCGGGCUUCUCUUCGAGCUCGUCGUCUGGUGCUUCGGUUGUGGUGAGCCGUGGCACGGUGGAGGUGCGCGGUCGUAGGUGGGGUGUGUAG